AUGACCUACCGGUGCCUCCUCCAGAUGGCUCUCCUGCUGUGUCUCUCCACCACAGCUCUUUGCAGGAGCUACAGCUUGCUUCGAUUCCAACAAGAGCGGAGCCUUGAGGUGUGCCAGAACCUCCUGUGGCAGUUACCUUCAACUCCUCAACAUUGCCUCGAGUUCAGGAUGGACUUCCAGAUGCCUGAGGAGAUGGAGCAAGCACAGCAGUUCCGGAAGGAAGAUGCCGUAUUGGUCAUGAAUGAGAUGCUCCAGCACAUCUUCCAUAUUCUCACCAGCGACUUCUCCAGCACUGGCUGGUCUGACACCAUCAUUGAGCACCUCCUUGAGGAACUCUAUGGGCAGAUGAAUCGUCUGGAGCCAAUCCAGAAGGAAAUAAUGCAGAAGCAAAACUCCACUAUGGGAGACACGACCGAUCUUCACCUGAAGAAAUAUUACUUCAACCUCGGGCAGUACCUCAAGUCCAAGGAGCACAACAGGUGUGCCUGGGCAGUCGUGCAAGUGCAAUUGCUCAGGAACUUUUCUUUCCUGAAGAGCCUAACAGGUUACCUCCGGGACUGA